UACCUCAGCACGGCAUGGCGACUCCCAGCGCCAGGGCCAGCUGCCCUCUCCUCCUCCUCCCCUCGCCGCCCCCUGCAUGCCCCUCCAUGCUCGCCACGAAGCGGACCCAGCGCCGCCGCCGCAUCCUGUCGUGCAGGGCCGCCGUCCGCUUCGACCGGCGGGACGUGCUCGCCGGUCUGACCGGCGUCGCCGCUGGGGAACUCGGCGCGCACCCGGGCCUCGCGGCCGCCGAGGACGCCUCCGUUGUUUCCUGCCCCAGAGGCGAGACGGUCACGGACAAGCUCCUCGCGUGCCAGGAGGCGGGCCAGAAACCGUGCCCGCCGACGCCGGCGGCGACCGCCGCCGCCGUCGACUUCACGCCACCGACCAGCCCGAUGCGCGUGCGGCAGCCGGCGCACCUCGCCGACGCCGAGACCGUGAAGAAGUACAGGCAGGCCCUGGCGGCGAUGAGGGCGCUGCCGGACUCCGACCCGCGCAGCUUCGCGAGCCAGGCGGCGAUCCACCAGGCCUACUGCGAUGGGCACUACCGGUACGGCGGCCCGGCCGCGGCGAGCAAGGACGACGCGCCCUUCGACGUGCACUUCUCGUGGAUCUUCGCGCCGUGGCACCGCAUGUACAUCUACUUCUACGAGCGCAUCCUCGGCGGGCUCAUCGGCGACGACGCCUUCGCGCUGCCCUACUGGAACUGGGACGCGCCGGCGGGCAUGGCGAUGCCGGCCAUCUUCAAGGACGCGGGCUCGCCGCUGUACGACGCCAACCGCGACCCGGCGCACCUCGGCGCCUACGUCAACCUCGACAUCCUCAACGCCGGAGACACCGUCAUCCCGUUCGACCCGCAGGCGGUCCAGAACAACCAGGUUGUUCAGAAUAACCUCUGCACUCUGUACGUUCAGAUGAUGCGGAACAAGAAGGCGCAGGAUUUCCUGGGCGACAAGUUCUGCGCCGAGUACCCGAGCACGGUGUCGUCAGGCACCUCCGGGUCGCUGGAGAGCAUGGCGCACACCAGCGUGCACAUCUGGACCGGCGACCCGGGGAGCUCCACGGUGGGGAACGACGGCCAGGAGCACACCGGCGCCGACAUGGGCUUCCUCGGCACGGCGGGGCGGGACCCGGUCUUCUACUCGCACCACGCCAACGUCGACCGCCUCUGGCACCUCUGGGCCACCAAGCUCGGCCGCAGCAACUUCGACGACCCGGAGUGGCUCGACACCAGCUUCGUCUUCUACGACGAGAAGCCGCAGCUUGUCCGCGUCCGGGUCCGCGACGUCCUCGACGCGGCCGCGCUCAGGUACAGCUACGACGACCGGGAGCCGCUGCGGUGGAUGGACGCCCGGCCGACACCGUUGCUGCCCAAGGGCACCGCCGCCGCCGCGACCACCAGGCGAUCAUUACUACGCGGCGCGGCGCCGGCGCCCGCCUUCCCGCUGACCCUGACGCCGGGCCAGAGCGUGGAGGUGCCGUCCGUGCCCAUGCCGCCGCGCGCGCAGAAGACGCCGGCGGCCGGCGGCGGCACGCAGCCGGACACCGUCCUUGUCUUCGAUCACAUCGAGUUCGAGCCCGGCAGGAGCGGCAAGUUCGACGUGGUGAUCAACGUGCCGCCGGAGCAGGCCGCCGCCGCGGGGCCCCGGUACAGCGAGUACGCCGGGAGCUUCGCCACCCUGCCGCGCGGCGGCAACAGGUCCGGGGAGACGGUGGUGGUGGCGCUCGUCCUCCCGCUGGACGAGGUGCUGGCCGACAUCGGGGUCGGCGAGGAGGACGGCGCCGUCAACGUCGUCAUCGUGCCGCGGACCCAGGGGAUCAAGAUCAUAAGGCCGCCGAGGAUCGAGAUCAGGGAGCGCUGAACCGACGCCGGACGGGCGGAGGUAGAGGUCAUGUAUGUAUGGACCGGAUCGGCCGGUCGAUGGCGCCUAAAAUUCAUUCUUACUCGUAUACCACUGGGCACCGCCAUUCGCCCCCUCCUCGAAAAAAUGAUGGAAUAAA